AUGUCUACGGAAACCGAAGUUCCACCUAAACCGAACCAUGGUGUUACUACACCGCGAAUCACUAGUGAGAUUCUCGAAAGUACUGUGAAGCAUAUCUCCAGUUUUGCUUCCAGUCCUGAGAUGAAGAUCGCGUCCACAAUAAUCCAUGAAAUUAAAAACCAACGAGACCAGAUCAAGACAAAGCAAGAUGAACUGUCCGAAGUUCGCAAGAUUCUUGCAGAGAAGGAGAAACACCAAACUAUCGCAAUGGAUCAGUGGUUGAUUGAACUGCAAAAAGAGAAGACUAAAUCCAAAAACGCCGAGGCGGAGCUGAAAUUACUCCGUGGAUCCAUUGCAGAAAAAGAUAGCAAGCUUGCAGAAGCAGCUCAGAAAAUUAAGAAUAUUGAAGAAGAAACGAAGAACGCUCGAUCAGAGCAUCUCAGUGAGAAAAGCAAAGUAACUCAACUUUGUGGAGAGAUUACUUCGUUACAAAAGAAACUGAAAGAAAAAGACACGAUCAUCGAUAAAUUACAAGCCGCUGAAUCUGGAAUGAAGGACUCCUUGUCUUCAGAGAAAAGCAAAAACACGAAGCUAGAAAAAGAACUUUCUUCUUCGAAAAAGAUCACACAGGAGUCUCAAACCAAACUUCAAAAGCUGGAGGACUAUGGCUUCCGUGGCCACCAAAUGAAUGAGGAUUCUAUAAUAAAACUUCAUUUGAAAGCCUUCGAAAGGGUGGCGAUAUCUCGAUUCGACAUGUCCCUUUACCCCCCCUCAAACAGUUCCGCUGCCAAAGGUAUACGACUUGCUGUGAUUCUGACUAUCUUGUCAAAAGAAAUUGACAAACAUAUCUUCCAACCAAAUUAUCUCGUUCCAGAAGAUGCUCAAUUGCGAGUCACCAUGAGUCAACUUGCUGGGACUGAUGGUGAUAAAGAAUCUUUUUGCCGAUCAAUGCUUCUCUCAAUUGAUGAAAAAGCUCAGCAAGAGUCACUCCAGUUCAGAAUCCAGUCUAUCGUUGGCAAAGUGUCAAGCUGCGUACACAACUUGCUCUCGGGUGCUCAGUAUAAUGAGCUUCGAGAGAGCAUAGCAAGCGUGGUACAGAGAGCGAUUGAUGUUUGGUUACCAAUCCAACGUGCUCAACAAAAGUAUGAGCCCGAUUUUGAUCCACUUGACUGGGAUGACAAUGAAUGGGCCAUGUUUAAUCUUCCCGGUGAAAACACCGAGAAGAACACCAUAGCACACAGCAUCGCAAGUGAUACUCUUCUGACCAUCUUUCCACGCAUAUCUCAGGUCAAAGACCAAAGACGGUAUCCUUUGACAUUCGUCACUCAACUGACGAGAUCUCAUCCCCUAUACAUUCAAGCAGAGCAGGAGAUCAAUGGAAAGCCAGAUAGUCCCACUAUUGGUCGCAUGGCUUCGAACGGUACAAGACGGAAAUCCAUUGCCGCGAAUACCAGUCGUCCUAAUGGGAAUGGCCUUUUCAAGCAAAAAGCAAAUGGAGUGUGA